AUGCGGACGGUGGGUGGGAAAAAGGGGAGACGCUACUGCCCGCGAACCGCCGCCGCCGCUCCCGAGGCCUCACCAAAAUGGCCGCCGCCGUCUCGGCCGCCACCACCACCACAACCACCUGCUCGCUAUCGCUACCGCCGGCGCGGCCCGUCCUCUCGCGAGAGACAAUCACCCAGUGAGAUGAAGCAAGUUAGCAGUGGAAUCUGGGCCUUCAGAUUCCCAUGGCGACCCACUUCUGUAGUGCUGCUUCGUUUUACACCAGGAUGGUCUCCUGAUAGCUUUCAAACACACUUGCCAUCUGUUCGCAAACUUUCUAGGUUAAGAACCUCCCUUUGAGAAUCUGAUACUUUUACCCCAGAAUAGAACAAUAAAUAGCAGCUACCUUCUACUGAUGCUACAUUGUGCAUUGAUGAUCUCUUUUAAUCCUAACAAUGCUCCAUUUUACAAACGAAUUGAGGCUCAGGCGUUAAACACAGUGACAGAUCCUGAAGUCAAGAUUCCUAGCCAAGCAGUCUAAGCCACAAGAAUGCACAAGAAUUUUACCUGAAGCCCACCCUAAGAGGCCAGGUUAGGAAGCUCUGAUGAAGCUCCCCUUCCUCUACUCAAUUUAGCCCUUUCCUGUGAAGAAGGAAUUGUUGGUCCCAUUUUAAGGUAAAGUUUGGGUUGGAAAAAAAGUGGAUGAUGCCCGUCUUUUCUAGACCCUUCUCCCAUCACCCCCAGAAGAGGGGAGCCCAGGCCAGAGUCUGAAUGGGUUGGACCAAGCCUUGUGCCAUUAACUCCUUGCUGUGUGACCUUGAGCAAUUAACUUCACCUUUCUGAGCUUCAGUUUCCUCUGUAAAGUGAGGAUAGAAUUGCCGAUGUGAAAUUGCACUGAAAGAUCUAAAGGGCCAGGUGUAGUGGCUCACACCUGUAAUUCCAGCACUUUAGGAGGCUGAGGCAAUAGGAGGAUCAG